UAAUAUCAGCUAUGGUUGAUCGACAUCAUCACUGUUACGUUUGUUUGCAAGGAUUGAUUUAAAUUAAUUAUUUUCUGUUACUUAUAACUUAGUCGCCUUGGAGGAAAUAGCCGACUCUUUUUUACUAUACUACCUUGGUCACAUUUUGCUCCUAAAUAAGGUAAGCUUUUCACACCUCGCAUUUAUAUUCAUUUUAUGUCGCUUGGGGAGCCUCUUCCCCCUUCAAUAUGUAACUCAAAUGGUGGUCAGAAAUACGCCUUGCGAUGGAGACUAUUAUAAUAUACUUUUAAGACUUAAAGGUUAGACUUCCAACAAAUGCUAAGCUGCAAUUGUUCAAGAAAGCCUUUACCACACCUUGACAUGACUGCCAGUUCUUGCGGCGCAUUUCUGACGGAUCUAGUAUCGCCAACAAGUUAGAAAGAUUAAAGGAAAGAGGUGAUUUAAAGGCGGUUUAUAAAGAAAAACGUGCAAGGAGCCUUCAGUUUAACAACUGCAGUGAGAGAAACGUUGACCACGUUAGGGCGCUUAUAGGGCAAAAAAUUAUGCAUUCUUUUAAAAUACAACUUGAAACACAAUUUAAGCUCUACGAAUAUUCGUGAUACUAGUUAGGAACAUAACAUUCAUCCUAAAACUACUUAGGCAAUCUUUGUUUCUUUCCACACCCACAUACAAUACGGAAAACACAUUCGUCAGGUUCCUUAGGCCCCCAAACGGUGAAAAGAGAUCUGCUAAUUCGCUGGCAGUUUUUAAAAAUUAAAACUAAAUAGGCCGUAAGCGUCAUAUAAGUAUACUGUGGGGGGCCGGGUUGUUCGAGCAACUCGCUCGCUACUCAAUGAGGUACCAGGAAUAUGAUUUACAUCUUGACCUUCUUCUUCUUUGACUUUUGCUACCAAUCUUAAUCUUCCUACUCUUCUCACUCUUUUCUACUUUUCCACUCUUCUCUACUUACUAGUUCAAGUAUACUAGCGGUUUUUAUAGCCAAAGCUGGACAUGUUUGGGUUAGCUGAUCGGGAGAGUUUCUAUAGACCUUGUCACGGUUUUCGACGCCAUCUUGACGAGUAGGCAAACGGGUGAGAAAUUAAAGUGAUUGUAUGAGAAUCUAAUGUCGAAUAUUUUCCGUAGAACGGCUGUUCUGAAAAAAAUAUUAUUUGUAAACUAAAGCUUCACUGCUAAGGAUUCUCCCAAAAAAAUUUUAAGGCGUUACAUGCACUAGAAGACCUAGAACCACUUUUUUUUAAUUUUCUAUACAUUUGUCUGAAAGAAAGUCCCGGGAAAAUUACGGACAAAUAUGUGGAAAAUCUAAAGCAAGCCUCUGGAGAAAUUCAAGCACAGGUACGACCCCCAAAUCUAUUAGGAUAAUCCUUUGCUUUGUAGCUUUAGUUUACAAUUGAUAUUUUUUUCAGAACAGCCGUUUUGAUAUUUUUUCAGAACAGCCGUUUUACUCGUCAACAUGGCGUCGAAAACCGUGACAAGGUCUAUUAUAUAUCUUAAAACAUUGCAACAGGUUUGCCAUUAGAUUUCUCACAGUCGCAAACACAAAGUAAUCUCUCAGCUCUGCUGUUGCCUACUCGUCAACAUGGCGUCGAAAACCGUGACAAGGUCUAUUAUAUAUCUUAUCGCAAACAUUGCAACAGGUUUGCCAUUGUUAGAGAAUAGAUUAGCCUACGCACAGUCGCAACUGACAAGUACCAAAGAACCAAGCUCAGCUCUAACACCACAAACACGACUGCACCUGUAAAAAACUAACAUCUGACAAUGCCAAGCGCAAACAAGACUAAAUGAAACAAAAACUAAACUUAUAAGAAAAGAUAGAUCCGUCUUAAAAACUAUAACUUUCAAAAUACUUCACAACAAUACUUUAAGACGAAGGCUGCUGUGAGGGGCUGUGCCCUUUUUGAAUACCUUCUAAUCAAAGUUUUCCAACUAUCAGGGGCACCCAGCGACUUUUUUCUGUAAAAUGACUCGUCAAAGGAGCAAAUGUUGCUUAGAAAUGUCUAAAGCUUGAGAAAAGCUAAAAAUUUCUGGAUAACCGUUCCAUUCGUCUCAAAUAUUCGGAGGUUUUCUAAUAGCUUAACUACGAUUUUCGAAGGUUGUGUUAGUCACAUUUUAAUACCAUGGUAUUGUGAUUAUUGUUAAAGGGUCUCCUUAAACGUUCGGUGUAAAGACAAAACUUCCCCUAUAAUUUUCCUUAUGAAAGCAAGGUUACUUCAUGUUCUCGAACUUUCGACCGGACCCUUAAGGGUAGCUACCACUUUCGGAUGAGACGAAACUAGAGCCACCUAAAACCUUCCUGACGAACAGAGUUCCCCUAAGACAUUUGAACAGAUAAAUAGUUUUUGGGGCAACUCCAAAUUGACCAAACAGGUAUAGAGAAAACCUUCUGACACACUUCUGGCGUACUUGGAAACAUUUGGUCGUUGGGCUCCCCUGAAUUAUUUCUUGACCAUAGAUUAAAUAAGUUAACUUUGUAUAACAGAACUGUGCAAAGUACAGUUUUCUAGUUUUUUGAAUAGUUGAUUUUUUUAUUUCUACUUUACUGUAUGUGACUGCGCGAUGCGGUAGUUCUGUCAGCCUACAAUUGACCUGCUCAUCAUUAAGUUCUCAGUAGCUCAGUGGUUAAAGCACUAGUGUACGGAAGGUCGUGGGUUCAAUUAUUUCCCAUCUGGAACUCGGAAAUUUUUUUCUGUGUUCUUCUCCCCACACAUAUCAUUUCCUUUCGUAUUAUUUUAUUGUGUCCCCGAAAUAGUGUGGGUCUUGCUUUCCAAUGUGUUUCCGUAGUUUUUCUCGGUAACGCCAGAUACACCCUGCCAGCACAGCCUCCUAGCUUUUGUCUUCUUCCUGAUUGAGGGGAGGAUAAAAAAUCAAGGAGGCUCUUCAUGAAUCGUGUCAAGCCUUUGAAGUCGCCGCAGCCCGAACUUCUGGACGGUCAGUCCUGUUUUUCUCUCGUCAAACUGGUUUUUCAAGUGCGCCAGCAUUCGUUAAUUGUUUAACUGAUUCUUAUAACUGAGCCCUUUGUACCAAGCACAAUUAAUGGCCUGGGUUCGAAACUGUAUCCUAGCAAAAUGCAGCGCAUGCUCAACAAAGAUCCUACUGGAUUCAUUUCUCGAAAACGCCAUAAUCGAGCAAGCGAAAGCUAAGGAAGGCUCUAAUAGUUUGGCAAUAGAAAAGACUACAAGUAGUGACAGGAAAACCCUUAACAGGAAGUAAUUCCCUCUGCUGGAAGGGUGCGCCAGGACAUAUAUCUAUUCCGUGCGAAACGCUCCCUGGCUCUCGCUAAGAACCUAGAGACAAAACUUUGCAAAUGCUCAGAACAAAUUUUCUUUCUUUUUUCCUCGUCUCUUCAUUUCUUUUUCUGUUUUGUUUUUGAAUUUUUUUUUUCGCCGUUUAAGUGUUAUGUCAUGGUUCGCUAAAUCAUGUUACUGCUACCGCCUGGCGAUCCUGGCGAUCCUUUUCGAGCGUAGCAGCCACCUAUUUACAAUAGAGCGUCAGGCAGGGGGAUAGAAAUUUCAGACGAGCACAAGCUUGAUUAUCGGACAUAAACAGCAUAAAAUAAUUUUGGAAAGCGCCGACAAGUUUCCUGAAUACAGAGGAUACAGCCGAUUGCUUCAUUUCGCCUUGAUGAAUACUUUCAUACUUGCAAUAGCUGUUAUUCCUACAAAACAUUCUACAUCUAUUUUGUUUUUGUUCUUUGGCAAACUGUUAAUGCAAGUUACUUUGCUACAUAUCGAUGCAUAUAAAUUUAUUUUGCAGUUCUUAAUUAUCAGCCAUCUCUUCUAGUUCCAAAGCCAGCAAUCAUGCACUUCUACCUUAAAAUCUAGAGUUACACGAGCUACAAAAAGCGUGUAUAUGCCAUGACAAUUCUUGAUGAUAUCCCAAUGGAGAGGAAUUGGACAUUUUCUUUUGUUUUUAAGGCCCGGUCCACAAGAAAUCCGGACAUUUUUGAAACCGCAUAUAUUUUUUUUUACCCGGAUUCGUGUGGACGUAGUCCGGCUACAAAGCUGUUUUUAGUGUCGUCACGCAACGCUCCUCGUGGGGAGGAGCGUUGCGUGACAAUAAAAACGACUAGUGUUGCAGACUACAGUGUGGACGCGAUCUUAAACCAGUCUGGAGAGCGGCUUCAAAAAUAUCCGGAUUCGUGUGGACGGGGACUGAUACGCCAGGGUUAUGAAUGAAGCCAGUGAACACUCGAGAAGUUACGUCGCAAAAAGUGACAGAGACAAGAAGAAAGGUAUAAAAACAAAAACUUCAAAACUUGUUUUUCAGAUGGCUUGCGCAUUUGUGUUAAGUCCUAAAAUUGUGCAUAAUCCAUCUAAUUACUGGUUUGUCUUUGAGUUUCAUUUGUUUGGUUUCAGUCUGUUUACUCAAACCAAUUAAACUAAAUCGGUGUUUAAUUGUCAGUCAGACGCGGUUUGUCUGUCACACGCCACGACUCCGUUGCGUCAAAGUCUCAUCAAUCCAUAAGAUAAAUUGCUUCACUAAAUUCUUCUAUAUAAGAUAAGUUAGAGCUCAGCAAAAUUGAACCGUGUUUGUUUAUGCCAUUCUGUGUCGACACUUACGAGUCACGGACGGCCGCCUUUGACAGGUUAUUUAGGCUCUUUCGCUACAGGUCGUUUUAUAAAUAACCAAUAGCUUACUACAUAAAUACGAUAUUGUGUAACCAAACGAUAAACAACUCACUUGUUUCCCAAUGAAAUUUCUUCUCUUCUAGUUCACUUUACAUAUCAUGUUCCGUCGUUCAUCGUAGCUAUGAGACGAAGGGGAAGUUUCAAGGCACAGUUAGGAUUCGGGGUUUUUGUGGCCCUGCUUUUUGCCUUCUACACUUGGAACACUCAUGAUCUGACCCAGGAUGUCUCAAGAAAACCUUCCUCACUUUCAGAAAAACUUUCAGGUAUGUUUAUCUUUUGAAUUAGGAACUGUGAAAACACUAAAUACAAAACAAAUUUAUUGCGUUCUUGCAUACAAUAGUAAACUGCAACACGUUAUUCCUUGUUAGCUUUCAAGUCCAUCUUUGGGCAAAACGCUCAAGAGUUUUUGGAUGCUGGUGUGUAAAAUUAUGCCUGCCACCCUAUGGAGAAAAAAUCAUUUUGGACCUGACACCAAAUAAGUGGGAUAAAGUGACAUUUUCAAAAAAAAUGAAUAAAGUUUUGUUGAGGAAAUAUAACUUGGGGUCCAGGCGGGGGCGGGAACGAAUUACCUGUAUAACCUGCCUGGUCAUAAACUAAUUUCUCCUUCUUGUCAUAAGUUUGCAAAGCAACUAAUCUCCAAACGGUUCUAGCAUUAGCUAGAGAACCUUUUAUUCCCAAAAACGCAAAAAAAUCACUUGACAGAUGAAUUUAAUGUUUUGAUUCAUGUUCAAACAUUUUAAGGUUACUGUCCUUAUUGCUAGAAUUACUAAAGAGAAACGUCGUUCUCCAGUUUGAUUAAGAGAAUUGUCAUUAUUUUUUAGUCAUGUUUAUCUCAGUCAGAGUACUUUAGCUAAAAUUUAAAUGGAUAAAAAGAUCAUAAUUUGAAAAUUAAAGCAAAGAAAACUAAUUUAUUUUCGAGCAACUGUUUCACCUGAACGUGUAAGUAACCUGCUGAUUGCCUGUUUUUAAAAGUGCCGCCGCAACGGUCCGAUCUACUUAUCAAUUUUCGGGUAUAAAAGGUUGAGGUAACAGUAGAUGCAAAUCUCAGUUGCACGCAUAGACGGUUCGUCCUUACUUUAAAAAUGUUUCAUAAUUAGGAGAAAGAUGUCUUUUGGUCAAAGACAAGGGUGCGUCGUAAGAAAGGAGAACGAACCUAGUAUAUACUUCUGGUUGUUAGCCCAGAUGCUCUACCACUGAGCCACAGGAGACUCGUGAGAGCUGUUAAGAUCUAUUAAAGGCUACUUUAUUAUAUAUUGUAAUCAAUAGCUGUUUUCUCAUCGGCUAGAUCCUACAGCUAAUUUUGGAAAUCAGCGCAACCCAUAGAUUAGUUAGUUAUCUGCUCAGCAGAUAACUGACUAAUCUGUAGGUUACGCGCGCAAUGCAUGAUUUCAGAGGCACCCAACGACAAUUUUCGGAAGAAUAUCUGUUCGGAAGACGAUUUGAGAUCUAGAAUUUUCGUAACAUUUGUUGUAAAAUUUCUUGCUUGCCUGCCUCUCCUAGGAUUUUCGAACAUCCAAAAAAUGGUAUAUUUGCCUAUUUUUAACGGAUUUUUACCCUAAAAAAGUCACCGAGAAUUUUCGGAAGCCUUUUUUCUGGCUGAAAUUUUCGAAAAGAUAAGUUUUGAUCCCUAUAAUUUUCGGAUCACUAGACUUUCAGCUAGGAAAUCCGAACAGAUGAAAAAUUUUUAGGGGAUAAAAAUAUGCCUAUAUCUACCGUUUAAAUACUAAAAUACGUUUAACAUUGCUAUGUUUAACGUUUAACAUUGAACCCUAUCCGGCAAAAUCGUGGUUUUACACCGAAAACUAUGACGUUCAAAUUUUCUGACUUUUCCUAAAAUUUAUCUAGAAACAUUUUGGUAUAAUUACCAUGUCCAUGUGAUUAAUCAUGUUGCCAUGGCAACCGGUUUCUGACACAUAGGUUUUGGAAAUUUAAAAAAUGGUGAUUUUUUUUGUUUUAAGAUCGCGUUUUUACACUUAUAGUGCUGUUUGUUGUCAAAAUAGUCUUUGCUUGGGACUAGUUUUUUGAAUUACAUCAAAAUGUUUCAACAUCGAAUAUUUGGGGGAGGGUGGGGUAAAAUUUGUCACUUUUUGCUUUGACAAAUAUGCUGCUCUAUUUUCCAAAUAACACUUCCAAAGUCAUUUUUUUGGGUAAUAAACAUUAGUUUGAUACUUCUUUUAUACAUUCUGAGCUUUUCCCCUUUGAAAGUUGCUUUAAAUUAUAAUUUUAACAAAAAACGGAAAUCCAAGAUGGCGGAUCCAAGAUGGCGGACAACCAUUUCAAAUUUUAAAUUUUAUUGCUUCGUAUUGCUUUUUCUCGCUGUACAAGUGUUUCCUUGUUACUAGUUCAUAAGAAAGGAUAACAAAGAGAUGACUUUACCAAUAUUAUUGAUAUUUUACGUAUCUAAGUGGAAAAAUAAUAAGAAACAUUGAAAAAUCGGAAUAUGACGUCACUGUGACGUCAUCAUUGGGCGUGGCAAGUCAAAACUGAGUGUGGGGCUUUUUUGUACGGAGAUGAUCAUUGUGUGUAAAUUUCAUGACCCUAGCAUUAUUGGUUCCAGAGAUACAGAGGGGGGUCCGAGGAGCCCCCCGCCCCCCCUAGUCACAGAUUGACCAAAAAAGCCCAGUCUGAAUAGGGUUAAGUGGUUUUGAACUAUAUUCUCGUUGGGUGCCCCUGUGAUUUUAUAGCAAUAUCAAUUCAGGUUACUUGCGAUGGUGUGUAUGUCGUUAUUUUCUUCAAAACAAAGUAUAAUAAAACAAUUCGGUUUUUGUGAUAUCCUAAAUAAUCAAGGUCUCGGUAAGUGUUAUCAGCCGAGCCGAAGGCCGAGGCUGAUAACACUUACAGAUAACACAAGGAUUUAUCCAAAAAUCCAAAAUUUGCUGUAAAAGAUCUCACAAGCUACUGAUUUCUGGUCAAUGCAGUAGGCCUCUUCAUCUACUCUUGUUCUCCAAAAGUAUAUGUAGAGUGCACAUCAACGUAUGCUUGUAAGCACGAUAUAUAUUAGAGAAACAGUUUGAGGAAGUCUACCAAAAUUAUAAAUUCUUGAGCGAAUAUUGUAAGCAGCCUACUGAGUAAAGCAAGUAGAUUGCAGUUUAGGCAUGUAUUUGGCAUCUACUGAAUUUACUGAGUUUCCACCUUCUUUUCGUUUUCUAGACGGCUCCUUCACAACACGGCAUCUAUUUGCUCACAAAACUAAAAAAAUCAAGAAUUGCACUCCACCAUCAAUCGAAGAAUUCCCUAAUGAUUUCUUCAAUCAAUAUCAAAGACAGCAUGGUGCUGUCAUUGUGAACUUUGCGGUGGCUUUCUACAUGUUCUGGGCGAUAGCCAUUGUAUGCGAUGAUUACUUCGUACCGUGUCUUGAGAUCAUCUGUGAUAAGAUGGGGCUUCAAUCCGAUGUAGCAGGAGCUACUUUUAUGGCGCUAGGAAGUUCUGCACCUGAACUAUUUGCCUCUGUGAUUGGUAAGUACUUGAAAGGAGACUGUGUAAAACGGGUUCGCUUGGAAGUCAAAACCAGAGUAGCUUUUCUCGUCAUUCAACGAUUGCAGACAAAGUGGUGAUCCAGUCAAAAACUGAUCUCAGUAGCUAAUCAGAGGGAGGAAUUCCAUACAAAUGCUUCUACAACUGACUCGAUAAAUGAAAAAGCCCAGUGGCUCUUCCAGCCCGAUUCUAUAGUAAACUUCAGUUCUUGAACUGCUCCCUUUUCUCCGUGAAAAUUCAUCUAUUCUAGGUCUCCGCCAUCAGAGAAUAACGAGCAUUACUUGCUAGGAAAAAAAAAUUGUACAAGAAUUCACCUACAAAUUUCCUUCCUUUUGACGCAGGCGUCUUCAUCACCAAAGGUGACAUAGGAGUCGGGACUAUUUUGGGAUCAGCGGUAUUCAACGUACUUUUCGUCAUCGGUGUCUGCGGGAUUGGAGCCGGGACGGUACGCUCUUUCUUAUUUUUAUCUAAUAGAGAAUGCAGAGCUCUCCCUGAUAAAAUCUUAACCAAUAGAGGACAAUUUUUUGAAAGCAAUUAAAUACACAUAAUUGGAGCUAAGUGGCGUAGAUUAGUACCCCGACAGUCUGUGAUGACUUACGAUGUCACUGUCUACCCACCAACCAACAUGCUAGUUUUGCUGCUCAAAAAAUGUUCAUAAAAGACAUUCCAGUAAAGACACUUUAGUCCGACUUUUAGUCUGAACUUUGUCUUGCCUCUACAUACUAUCGGUCACAGAAACGCUUGCUCAGCAAAUUAAUGGACCUUCUCUGCUUUAUUGCAUGGUACAGACGCAAGGAAAUUCCCUAUGCUCACUUGCUUAGCUCCCGGCCAGUUCAGUUUAAUAUACUUUUAUCAUCUCCAGAAACCGGAGGGAAGGGUAAUCCCUAUAAUCGCCUCUACGAGAAGGCUCCGCCCGAAAGAAGUACCUUUUUCAGGCUUCAGGUAUAUGAAAGGGUAGGGAUUUAAUUGUUGAAGUACAUAAAAGGAUAGGGAAAUCUGCCAUUUGAGUCUGUGAAAGGGCCCAAAGGGCUAACAGAUGAAUUUUAUCGCUUUAUAAAGUCGGAAAAACUUUCUAUUUUUGUGAUUGAUUCCUGUUAAAAAAAGGUAGAUAAAAUGGUGAUGGGGUUGAACCUCGGGGCGGAGCCUCCUGGUACAAAAAUUUGUUGAGUACCCCCCACCCCCCGGGGUCCAGAAAAAGUUACGUCUGUUAAGUGACUAAUUCAUACAUUUAAUAGUGCUCAAUUUCGAUCCUUAUAUUUUAAUACCUUCUUCUCAGGUUCUGUACUUGGCUUGGUGGCCUCUUGUCAGAGAUAGUUUGUUUUACCUGUUUAGCCUUGUAAUACUCAUGCUCGUGCUCAUGGAUAACGUGGUAAUUUGGUAAGAAUGUCGUUUUUUUUUUUUUAAUUGUUACUCACUUGUCCAAAGUAAGGAAACCUGCACGCCGGAAUGUGGAAAAUUUUAGCUUAUCAGUGAAAUCCAGGAUCCUGGCUUUGCAAUCCAGAAUACAACUCCAGGAAUCCGGAAUCCCACAUACAAUUGGAAUCCGGAAUUCCAAGUUCCACUGACAAGGAAUUCAGAACCCAAUACCUAGAAUCUGGCAUUCACAGCGUGUAGUCCAGAAUCCAAGACUGUACUUCGAUUAGCUUACAUGGGACGAACUCACAGCAAAAUGGACUAAUAUAAAAUACGCUGCCAUGGGACGAACUCACAGGCCAAUGUUGAUAAAAAUGGACUAACCGAACGAAUAGGAUAUUAUCAGGAAUAGCAUUUGUGUCUUUUCUGGCCUGCAGUGCGUUUUUGCUGCUAAAAGGGGCGGUCAACAACCAUUUUUGUAAAAAUGAGGGGUUUUCAUGGCAGAAAUUACCCCAACACCAAAAUAACGCUUUAAACUAGACCAAAAUUAUGCAAAUUAGGUCACGUUUUGCUAAAACCUUUAAGAAAAAAGUGGAUUUAGCUAUCUUACUUUACUAUCCUAAGAAGAUACAAAAUAAUAAAAAGGAUCAAAUCGUUUAUUUUGAAAAUAAAGCGAUUUGUGUCAAUACAAAUGUAACAUUUUAACAUGCCUUUCCUUUGAAAAGUUUGGCGUUUUCUUGUAAUUGAAAUGUAGAAAAGUGAAGAAACAAGAAAAAGGCCCAUUUAAGUUCAAGGGUUUUUGGGCGUGGCGUGGACCGUCACCAAAUAGAUAAAAACAGCCGUUUAUUGUCUGACAAGUUUUCCUUGCCCCUAAUGUAUCGAAAGAUAAUCCAUCUAACACCUGGGGACCCAUGCCAAGCUCCCCGCAAUCCAUCUAUGGCAACCGCCUUAAAAAAUAGUAAGGACAGCGACUCAGACGAGUACGAAAUUUCGCCCGACAAAUACGCCUGCUUAGAGUGUUCUGACAGUUUCAAAACCGUUCCGUGGUCAUAAAUCGAAAUUCUUCCGAUCCCUUACCCCCAGUCAUAUUAUGUUAUUAUGUUGUCGUCUUGACCAUGGCCGACUCUGCGAAUUUCUUUAAAUUUGAAUGAAUGUUUUCUUUAAGAUAAUCCUAUUUAUGCCUAUUAUUUAGGUCAGAAGCCACAGCCAUGGUUUGCUUUUAUUCCAUAUAUCUUCUCAUCAUGUACUUCAAUCCUCGCAUAGAGGCGUGGCUUUACAAAGUAACCAAGACAAAAAGUCCCGAAUACAAAUCCGAGCUUCACGCCUCAAACGGCAAGGGUCAAGCUUAUUCGCAACUUCCUGAAGACGAAGCGCAAGAACAAGACCAGGGAAAAGAUGAAAAAAAUGACGUUGAAAAAGAGACGCCUGACAAAGAAAAUGACAGUGAGGAUAAACCCAAAGAAGACAAAGAUGAAUCUAAAGAUGUUAAAGGAUAUUCUGGUAAAUUUUUGUCAGCUGAGCGGUGUCAAGUAUCCAAAUUUGCGUUUUCUCUGCCCACUACUUCUCAGUGGCGGAUCCAGGAAAGGGGCCCGGGGGCCCAGUCCACUUAUUUUUAGACCAAACUGAGGCCCGAAGGGCCCCCAAAUUUUUGAGCUGCACCCCCCCGUAUCCCAGGGUCUGGAUGACCGGGGCUCCCCCUUAUCUGAAGAACUGGAAUACACCACUGCUACCUACAAUCCAAACGUUACUAUUCCUUGUGUCUACGGGGCAACACGUAGGACGAUAGAGCUGAAAGACUGUUGACACAUACUAAGACAUUUCGCAAUGCAACCUCUCAGUCGCGUCCUGCCAAGCGUAGGUAAAUAAGUGGACAACCAAACAUCAAUUUUUUUGGACGAGGGAAUUGGUUCCUCUUAAGAAAAUUUGAUUGGAUGUAUAUUUAACUUUCUUCAAAAACCAUUUACGAAAAAAAAGAAGGGAGGUGAGUCAAAAAAGGAAAAGAAAAGCUUGCCGAUAAUUAAAUAUUACAACAAAUAAGAACUAUGGUGCUGAAAGAUAUUUAUUUCCUCUUCAGAUAGCUAACAGAAAAACAACGAAUUGAGUAAUCUUUCUUUAAUUUUCAGACAGCGGUGAGCAUCUCGCUCACCAUCACGAAUAUGAUCAACACAGGCCGCAUGAGGUCCCGGAUCUGACGCUAGGAACUCCGUGGAGCCCGCCCGAGGGGAUCUGGGCACGAACCUGCUGGUUCCUUGGUCUCCCAAUCAACAUUUCGUUUUAUUUCACCAUCCCGGAUGUAAAGAAAGAAUCUUGUCAGAAGUACGUCUACUUUUCCUUCGUGAUUUGUAUCGUGUGGAUCGGAGUCACUUCGUACAUCCUCGUUUGGAUGGUCACCAUUAUCGGGUACACGUUCAUGAUCCCCGAUACCGUUAUGGGUCUUUCUCUGGUGGCGUUCGGAAGCAGCGUGCCAGACUGUUUAUCAAGUCUCUUCGUAGCACAGAAAGGUAAGGCCAGCUUUGGUACAAGUUAACUGAAACUGCUGCAAUUACCUUUUGAAAUUGUACUUGCAUACGUCCCACCUGAUAGUUAAUUCCUGCUUAAAAAAAUGAUCAGGGCAAAUGCACCUUAACAGUAUAGAAACAGUAUAGAAAGAACGUGGUAUGAAUUGCCCAAUUGUGCGAAGCGCACAACCCUGUGCAGGAACAUUAGAUGGAACGGCGCACGCGCGUCCCCUUUCCACAAAAACAAAAUAGAGCCUCAGGAAAAAAAGUAAUGAAUCAAAAUAGAAGGGAGAAAAAGAAGAGAGUUAGGAAGAAAGGGAAAACUGGAUGCAAACAUCCAGUAGCAUGAUGGUCCUCUUUCCGCAACAAAAGAAAUACACUCUACAGAAUUUAGAACCUAUAUCUGAAUUUAAAUAUUAAUAUUCUAAAUUUCUGUUAUUUACUUUAUCAGUACUUGGAACUGAGUGAGUGCUAUAAAUGAGAAGAAUGUUUAAGUUUGAUAGAAAGAAGAGAAGAUGGGUAACAGGGUGAGACGCUAGGUAUACGGAAGAAAAGAAGAAAGAAGGAAUAGAUUUAGAGCGGGGGGGAGGCUGAAAAUGAAAAAACAGCCGACACGCCACCCGUCUGGUUUUCCCGCGAAAUUUCGUCCGAGGAACGAGCGCAGAAAUUUCAUAUUGAUGAUGACGUGUCACUACCCAGAUCCGCUUCUGAUUGGAUGAAGGAAAAUUUCAACCAGCGACCAAUCAGAAGUACUACACAGAUCUGGGUAGUGAUACGUGAUUAAUAUGGAGUUUGUGCGUUCGUUCUUCAGACGUUAUUUCGAGGGGAAACUAGUGGUAGCGUCGCGAAAUAUGGCUAUUUUCUCAGGUCAAUGAAAAAAGUGCCUGUUUAACUAUCAAACGUUUUCUUUCCAGGUGACGGGGACAUGGCAGUAUCUCACACAGUCGGUAGCAACGUAUUCGAUAUCCUAUUGUGCCUUGGUAUUCCAUGGCUUGUCAAGACAACUGUAUGGGACUAUGACUCGGCUGUGGUGAUUAACAGCCACGGACUUUUCGUGUCUUGUUUCUUCAUCCUAGGCUCCAUAGCCGUCACACUUCUAAUAAUUUACUACUACAAGUGGGUUUUAAAUCCCAAAGUCGGCUGUAUUUACCUUCUAUUUUACUUCAUUUUCUUGGGAAUAUCCAUCUACGUGGAAAUGAAUGCAUUUGGAAAGUAUAACCCUCCUAUGUGUAUUGUAGACGUUUGAACUAUGAACGCCGGAUUUUGCGACUGUUUUAACUGGAAAAAAAUGGCCAGAUAACUACAGCUAUUUUCAAAUUUACCUUUUCUGCAACGUUGGGGAUCAUAGCUAUGCGCCCCGGGAUUUUCAACUCAUUGUGGGGCCAGUGUAACGAAAUGGAGUUCAGCAAAGACAAUGAAGGCGUGGUACCUAGCCGAAGGCAUAUAAACUGAAAUAUCUACUGGGAACCUAUAUAGUAUUGGAGCCUAUACAUAUCUGGUGCAACCCGCUCCUUUAAUUAUAUUUUUUUCUGAAAAAAUUGGGAAAGAUACGACAUAUAUGCUGCUCCACUUAUCGGCAGGAUUGAAGUGUAAGCUUCAAGAUGAAAAUUAGAGCGCUAGUCUCUUAGGGCCUGUUUUUAAGGAGAGAGGGUUACCCCUGUGCUAGGGUUACACUAGCAAGCGGGUCAAAGUUAGCUCUGGUUUACAAGCACAUUUCACAGGUAGGGUUACCCUAUCACCCGCUUCGACUUUACCAGCUUUGCUGACUUGUUUCGUCAUGCCUAACAUUCUUGGCAACGUCCAAUAUUUGAAAUAAAACUUGAAGUUCUCUAUGGAAAUCACGUUAAAUUCACGAAAAAACGGAAAAAUAUUAUCAUCGUAUGCAGAAACCUUAUAUUGUUUAUGGCCCAGUUGUUCGAAGGCCGAUUAGGUUUUAACCCGGGUUUCCUUUUUUGGUGUUGAAAAGCAUUUUCUCGGAUGAUUUUCUCUUAUUUUUAGAGCUUCCAAUCAUCAACUUGUAGACAAAAAGAAUCCAAGCUGAAAUGCUUUUUAAGCUUUCAAAUCUGAAUUCAAAUCUCGCAUUAACCCUGGGUUAUCUUAACCCAGCUUUGAACAACUCGGCCCAGAUAUUUAUAAUUUAGCUCAGAAAUUGGAUUAUUCCGUUCAAUUUGUCAAGAUUACUGUUCACGCAUAGGACGGAAGAAGGUUGUCCCGGGUAGGCGAGUUAUCCCUAGCAGAGCGUCUAUACAAGCCAGGUAGGGUAACCCUCUUGCUAUAGGGUAACCUUCUAGUACUCAGGUACCUUGUAAAUACGUCGUGUAAAAAAGGAAGAAAUGUGCGAGUGCUAGAGUAACCCUUUUGCUGGGGUAACCCAAGCACUAGGGUUAUCCUCCCUCCUUGUAAACACGGCCUUAGCUAAAAAAUGUUUCUGAAAACAAUUAAGUGUUUUCUUUUUUGUCACUGGUGUUUCAAAAAAAUUAAAAGAGAAAUAACCAGUUUCGUAGUCGGACGAGAUACUUCGUCCGAGAUAAUGAAUGUUAGAUUGAUCACAUUACUUUACCCAUAUUCAGAUUUGACGGGCAUUCAGCAGAAAUCCUUUUGAAACUUAACUCUGAUUUUUGUCACACAAUGAAAAUGCGCAAUGAAGGGUUGAAACUUUUAUGGUUAAUCCGCCUAACUUUCAAAGUUUACAGGACUAUAUUAAAAAGAAAAGUAUUUUUUUCCAAAAGAUUUUCACAAAAUCGAUUAAGUACACUGUAAGGAAAUGUUAAGACAUAUUUGGUUUCCUUUCGUCCAAAAGAGAUGGAUAUAUUAGAUACAUUGUAUAUUCAAACAUGAAGAAAAAGUCUUCCAAGGAUUCACUCGACACGUCUAUAUCACAAAAUACAUCUUUGUUUCAGUCUACCUUCAUUUUUCGUGGCAAACUUCAAGAACAAAUCUAUAGAGGUCUUAAAACACAAACAGUUUAAAAUAAAGUAAUACCCUUUAUUACAUCCACUUUG